AUGGCUACGUAUACCAACUCGGCGAACUGUGGGAGACGGUGCCCCCAGCCGCUUCCCCGCAUCCUGUCCACGGAGGAGAUUGUGCCAACGAUGGAAAGAAUUAUUAGCCAAUAUGAGGCUGCUCGGAAUUCUGUCUUGAAUAAUGUCACUGUUGAAACCGCGUCUUUUGCGUCGGUUUUGCAGCCAAUCGUGGACGUUGAGCAAGAGACCAACGGCGAGAUUGGGGUGAUUUGGAUGCUUCAAUAUGGUGCACCAGAGAUUGCAACACAAGAAGCUGUCCAUAAGGCGCGCCAGCUCUUUGUUGCAGCAGAGGGCUGUUGGAAUUCCGAUGACAGUAUGUACAAACUGUUGGUGGCUGCCCGCGACAACAGCGACAAAGACGCAAAUCCAGAUGUUGCUUCCAAAUUGCUUCUCGACCACACUCUGCUUCGGUACAAGCUAGCAGGCUGCGGCGCCAAAGCAAAUCGCAACAAUGAGACGCAGGAAUCAUUUAGUAAGGAGUCAUUAGAUCUCAGCAACGCCCUGUCAACUACUCUGAGCAACAUUGCACAGGAAAACGAUGGUAUGUGGUUUGCUGUUGAGGAGUUGGAAGACCUUCCAAGCGAUGAGCUCAGUCGCAUCAAACAAAAAAGACAACUAGAAAUCGUACCCCAUGAACAAGGCAAGGAGAUGAUAUUUGUGCCCUUCUCUAACGGUGGUACGAUUGCCGUCUUGACCUUUAGUGGGAAUCAACAAGUGCGCAAACGGAUGUACCUGGCUGACCAGCGGAAGCUACAGAAAAACAUCCCUAUUCUCCAGGACAUUGUCGUGAAGCGCCAAAGGCUCGCCAAGAGACUUGGUUACGAAAGCCAUGCACAUAUGCGCAUGGAGGAUCGUCUUUUGGCAGGGCCGGAGCAAGUGCACGAGCUUCUUGAGAGCCUGACCGACGGCUUGAUACGCCGAGGGCGUGAAGAAUUGGAUGUUAUUCAACGAGCUCGGUUAAAGGACAUGCGCCAAAGACAGAACGUGAGCAGCAAUGGACAUUCAGUUGCCAAGUCUGCGUUUCCACCAUGGGAUCUAAAGUACUAUCAGAACAUUGUCAACAUCGACCGCAACAUUGACCAAUCCAAGAUUGCAGAGUAUUUUAGUAUGGAGUAUGCCAUUCCAGCUAUGCUCCAGAUAUUUAACACGACACUGGGCCUACAAUUUGAUCCCAUCCCAGAUGAUCAGAUGCAAAGAAACGAGAAAUGGGACGACUCUGUGACAGCGUUUGCUGUGUGGGAUACUCGCUCUUCGUCCGACGAGGCGACAUUUGUUGGAUAUCUCUAUUUCGAUGUUCUAUGGAGGCCAAACAAGUUCCGUGGCGCCCACAACGUAACAAUGGAAUAUGGUUUUGAACGUUCAAAUGGUGACAGAAAGUACCCGUCGACCAUUGUUAUGAGUGCUUUUCCGACUGCGAGUGGCGACAGUCGCUUAGUUUUAUUGAAGCACCAUCAGUUGCUUACCGUAUUUCAUGAGCUUGGUCACGCCAUCCACAGUCUCGUUUCCAGAACCAAAUACUCGCGAUUCCACGGCACUAGUCUCCCACCCGACUUUGUUGAGAUUCCAAGCUUAAUGCUCGAAAACUGGUGCUGGAUGCCCGAGGUCCUCAAAUCCAUGAGCACUCAUUACAGCUACCUGUGCCCAGAGUAUCUCGCCAAAUGGAAGGCCGAAAAUCCUGGCAAAGAGCAGCCGCCAAAAGAAAUCCCAGAUGCGAUUGUCGAUGCGCUUGUGAAGUAUCGCUACGCAAGUCGUGGGUUAUACCAUCUGUACCAAUUAAGCAUCUCUCUCUUCGAUAUGGCUAUCCAUAGCCCCAGCAGCGCAGUAGAAGCUACGGCCGUGAAUGUUCAAAAGCUCUGGUACGACAUCCGAGAAAGAAUUGAAGGGCUAGAUUUUACUGAGGUGAGGGACAUCGGGUCUGAGCUAGUCGCAUUCAAUCAUCUACUGGGUGGAUUUGACGUGGCGUACUACUCUUAUCUCUGCUGCUCGUCCUUUGCGCAGGAUUUAUUUCAGAACUUGUUUGUAGAGGAGCCCAUGAACCCAGAGGCGUGGGAUCGCUACCGCCGAAUUAUUCUACAGCCAGGGGGCGAGCAUCUAGCUCUCUACAAGUUGGUGGAAGAAGCCCUGGGGCAUUCGCCGGAUCUGACGGCUCUAAUUAAGCCACUACGAAAUGCGGUACUCUGAGUACGUAGGUUUCUUUUUUCAUGCAAAAGGAACAGCGCUGGUGUAAAGAGAAUUUGCUGAGUGCAAGUAUUGGUGGAAACCAUCUGCUUGCAACACCCAGCACCGGCUAACUUCUCUGCGCAGGGAGACAUCGAUUUUGUUGCUGCCGGUGCUAACAAGACAAAAUCAAAACUCUUAUUUAUGCGGCUAUAGCAUGAACAUAACCCGAAGCAGUCCCUCAUCAAUAGCCGAAGCGGUUGCUCCGUGUGGCUAUGUCACCGGGAAUAAAAUCUAGGCAACAUCUACAACAGGAAUUUUAAUAAACCCGCCGUGCACAUCUUCUCCACAUCCACUUGCCUAAUAGGGUAUGCUUCUUGCUCAUAAAUCUAUGCCUCUUUAUUAUGACCCCUGCGGGUCACGCACUUUAAGCUUAACAAGGU